AUGCCUACCGACUGGAGACCCGAUAAGCCUCUCCGAGAUUUCAUCAAAGACAAUAGCCAUUUUCGUCAGAUGGAGCAGCGAGAGAGAUAUGAAGGCAGAGUAUUCAAUAACAAGAGCCACAUCAAGGAACAGACCAUCAGAAACAAUCGGCAUGAUAUACACGAAAUUGAGGGAAGCUUAGAGGUGCAAAGACACCUAUUAUUAAAAUUAGCGGAGCAAGAAAAUCGUGUUAUGGAAAAGCCUGAAGAAAGGUGCACAUCCUCUAUCCAACGUCUUGAGAGCUUAAAGACGGACACAGUUCAAGCAAUACAAAAGACCUGGAACCAAAGUAGCAGACCUAUGGCCAAAAAACGAUCGUUGUAUCCAUUGUGGUAA